AUGCCGGCAUGGUACGCAGACCUCUCCGGUGAGAACAAGCUCGUAGAGCGUCAGACUGACAUUAGAGUCCAGGCUUUCCAGUGUGGCAGUCUAGGAAUUAAACACAAACUCCAAGACGAUUCCGGGCGAGUUCCAGCUGGGAAAACCCAAGUCAUGCCAGGGGCUUUCCUGGUCCGCAUCCCACAAUUUUUAAUGGAAUACCCUAUGCAGAUAUCCAAAAGCUUUGGCGAGACCAUAUUUCUGACUUCUCCACCUUUUCACCGGUUGCUUGCAGAGCGUGGAUUCGACGGUUUCGACAACAACUCGGACGGGUCCGGGGACUUCGAGCUGGACUACCAGGAGCCCUGCAGCAGAGCGCUCAGCGAGGAGUUCUACAAGAUUUUCCUGCCCACGGUUUAUGGAAUAAUCUUUAUCCUGGGGAUCACCGGUAAUGGAUUAGUCCGUGUCAUGGGCUACCAGAAGAAGUUCAAAUCGAUGACUGACAAGUACCGCCUCCACCUCUCGGUGGCUGACCUGCUGUUUGUCCUGACGCUGCCUUUCUGGGCUGUGUAUGCGGCCAGCAACUGGUAUUUUGGAAGCUUCCUCUGUGUGACUGUGCACGUCAUCUACACCGUCAACCUGUACAGCAGCGUGCUGAUCUUAGCCUUCAUCAGUCUGGACAGAUACCUGGCGGUGGUCCGGGCCAACAGCCAGGCCACCAGGAAGCUGCUGGUGGACAGGGUCAUCUAUGUGGGCGUGUGGUUGCCCGCCGUCCUCCUCACGGUGCCAGACCUGUUGUUCGCCAAGGUGCAGGACAUCGAAGGCUCCAGCUUCAUCCUCAGCGGCGAGGACCAGCUGGAGACCGAAAGCCCCAAGGCCAUCUGCGAGCGCAUCUACCCGGCGCUGGCAGAGGCCAAUACGAUAUGGAUGGCCGCCUUCCGCUUCCAGCAAAUCCUGGUGGGCUUCGUACUGCCGGGCUUGGUCAUAUUCACCUGCUACUGUAUCAUCAUCGCCAAGCUCUCGCAGGGCUCCAAAGGCCAGGUCCUGAAGAAGAAGGCGCUGAAGACCACGGUCAUCCUCAUCCUGUGCUUUUUCUGCUGCUGGCUGCCCUAUUGUGUGGGGAUCUUUGUGGACACCCUCAUGAUUCUCAACGUCAUCCCCCAGAGCUGUGGGCUGGAGCAGGACCUGCAGAGGUGGAUUUCUAUAACGGAAGCGCUGGCUUACUUUCACUGCUGUCUCAACCCCAUCCUCUACGCUUUCCUGGGGGUCACGUUUAAAAAAUCAGCCAGGAGCGUCCUGUCUGUUAGCAGCAGGUCCAGUCAGAAAAGGACUCUCAUGACGAAAAAGAGGGGGGCAAUUUCGUCUGUUUCUACUGAGUCGGAGUCUUCAAGCGCUCUCCCCAGUUAACAAACGGCAAAAAAUGUCCACUUGAUCUUUCAGAGACUUAAAUAAAAACAAACUGUGUAUAUUGCGUUGUUUCUACGCCCAAAACUCGUUUCCUCGCCUUUACUUGUUGAAAGGUUCCCAGCCUCCUCUCGACUUUAGGGGCAGUAGCUGCUUUUUAAGAAUCUGUAUAUAGUCCUUAGCAAUUUGUUUGUUCGCACUUACAUUGUGUGUUCGUCCGAAAGCUGUUAUUUAUUGCUGUCACACUGGAAGUUUUGCAACAAAAAAAAAAAAUGCAUGAUGCUCAUUUGACUUGUGUGGAUAUAGUUUCAAAGUUGUUGGUUUUUUUACUUGUUUUCCUAAAAAUAAAUUCUUUAAUGCUCA